AUGUCAUCUCGACAUACCAUUCAGUUCCCAAAAAAAGAAAACUUGGCUCAAACCAUUGAGCCUACAGCCACCAAGACUAAGAGGGCUGCCAGGCCAAAGAGGAUUAAGUGCAAGACUGGCUGUUUCACCUGCCGCCGCAGGAAGAAGAAGUGCAAUGAGGUCUUUCCGGUUUGCUCAGGAUGCUCAAGGAACUACCUUGAGUGUAUCUGGCCUGCCGGUGACGAGGUCGUCCCCAAAGACUUUGCGGUGAGACCCGCCAGCUCUCAUACACUUGAGUUCAAACAUGCUGGCAGUGAUGAAGAUUUCGAUGUCGAUGUCCCCGGCAACAUGCUUGGAGUGACUGAUUUCGGUAUUAUUGUUCAACGAAACCACAAACCUGCUCCGUUUAAGGAGCUUGUUUUCCGAUUGGAAGAUAGCCGGACUGAUGAAACACCACCACCAAUAGAUUCAGAGAGCGCCUACGGGACCGACGUGGCUUCGCCAGAGUCCCUAUCAUCUUUGGACUGUGACGACAUGAAGCUUGUGGCAUCAUCGGUUUCUUCGCUUGAAUAUGAUAAUUCUCGUUCUGCGAAACUGGUGCCCUCGUCGCUUACCUUUUCCACGGGAUUCAUUCCCAACGUGGCAUUAUCGCAAGAAGAAGCUUUGCUCUACCACACUUUCAUCACCGGGUUUAUCCCCUCGGUUUCGCCAGAGCAUGCGAAUCCUCUAUUGUCGCCCGGAUUUGUGUUUGUUCCAGAGGGAAGCACGUCGGAAGUGCUUCGUGAGAUCUUCUUUGCUUGCGGUGCUUACAUUCUCGCUUACAACGAUCCCGCACGAGCAGACCUUGCGAUGCAGCGUUACUCCAAAUCUAUCAAAGCUGUACAGCGUGUCAUUAGCAGCGGAGACGUUAAUGGAACCGAGGACUGGUUGUUUGUUGCUAUCCAGUCUUUGUGUUUGCGAGACCGUGCUGCGGGACUCGGAGCUUCACGAUGUGCAAAACACAUUGCUGGUGCCUACAAUUUGAUCCAGCAGAGAUCGGCACUUGGAGCCCACUUCUUCACACCGGGUGUUCGUACUCUCUUGGAUAGUUUCGUGUUCAACUACACCAUCGUGCUCUAUUUGUGUACUGCAGACGACAUCCGCGCAUUGCCGUCGCCAUUUGCGUUCUUCGACAGAUACAGAGAGUAUCUCCAGGGAUCCGUUUAUUCGGACGAACUUGCCGCUGUUCCUUGGCUAGACAACCCAGUGAUGGGCUCUUCUUUUUCGUGUUUCGAGAUUGCUGCCAAGCUGUUCUGGCUGUUGAGAAUGCAUGGUGAUGCUGAGACUGGGCUUACUGUUUCGGAUGAAGAAUAUUUCUCCACGUUGGCACGAAUUCGUUUCGAGCUGAACACUGCCACGGCGAAGCUCGACUACUCGUGUGCCCAGCUUGACAUCGUCCUUGCUUCCUCACAAAUACUACCAGAUGCAUUCCCCAAACCAGAUAACCUGCGCGUUAAUCUCUGUCUAUCGCGAGUCAUGCUUUUUUCUCUUGAGAUUUUGUAUGCCAAAAUGAUAGAUCACACUUUGGCCGCUUCCUGCUUGAGUGUUCAGAACAACAUUUCCCAAAUCGUGGAGACAUACACAGCUGGAGUACCACAGAACGACCACUCGGCGUGCUUGGCGCUUUGGGCUCUUUUUAUUGGUGGUACUGCGGCAAUCGACCCAAACCAUCAGUUUUUCUUCAGCCACACGCUCAGAGAGAUCUCGCGGGUUUUAUACUCGGAUUCUGCACUCAAACUGGCUCUUGCUUUGGAGCAUUUGUGGGACAAUGAGGUUCAACUUGGGACUGCGGCUUUUGAUGUGUUGCUUACGCGGACCGGGCUUGAAGGGUUAUCAUUUUGA